AAACGCUAUCAGCCAAACAAACAAUCUAAUCUAACCUCAAAUUUUGUUAGGGCUUGGGCUUGUAUUUUUAAAUUUUUUCCAAGUUUUCUAAUUUUACAUUUUUUUCUUUUCUUUUGACUGAUUAUUUUAAAAUAAUCUUGAUAACAUGUAUGAAGCAAAAUAGAUUCCCUGUCAAUGGAUGGCCUUACUUUUUUCUUUCUGAUCGCAGGUGGUUACUGCGUCCUGCUCUUUUUCGAUGUAUUUUUCAAGUCAUGCUGCCAUUACCCGUACUUACAACUGCUGGAAAAUCUUGGAAUAAAUAUAAGCUAUUUCACAAUUAAAUGGAAAACUAAAGCUUUAAACCGUCUAAUAAUAAAAUGGGGCAACGCAAGGCCACAGUUUUGGAAAGUAUGGUUUAGUAUCGGUACAUUUACUAGCCUCGCAUUUCUGCCUAUUUCUAUUUAUAUUAUAUUUAUAAGUAUAUACUGGUUAUUCUUCAAUAGUACCUCACAAGUAUCAGAACCCCUCAUUAGUCCUGUAGUACCAGGAUUAAAUCUCCCUGUAUCAGAGCUAGGAUAUUAUUCUAUUGCUUUAUUGAUUUGUAGUAUAGUUCAUGAAUUAGGACACGCAUUGGCUGCAGUUAUAGAAGAUGUAGGGACUCUGGAAUUGGGCUGUAAUGUGUAUUUUAUUUUACCUGUAGCUUUUGUUAGUCUCCCUACAGAUAAACUUUAUGCUAUUAAUCACAAAAAACGUUUAGGGAUAGUUAGCGCAGGAGUCUGGCAUAAUAUUGUCUUAUCCUUCAUUGCCUAUCUUUUAUAUUGUUCUCUACCAACAAUAUUUUCACCUCUUUAUAAUUAUGGGGAUAGUGUAAGUGUUUCAGGAGUAAACAAAAAUUCACCUUUGAAUGACCCAACUAAAGGUUUAUCUGUAGAUGAUAUAAUUAUUGCAAUAAAUAAUUGUGACAUUUUAAACGAAAAUUAUUGGUAUCAUUGUCUGCAUGAUAGAUAUGUUUUAAGGCCUGCUGUGUGUAUCAAAUCUGAUUUGGUUAAUACAUUAGAUGAAAGUGUUCCACUAAAACAUCUGGGUAGUGGGUAUGUGGAAUGUUGUGAUCCAAAAAACAGUAAAAAUAUAUGUUUUGAAUAUAUUGAUAAUGAAACUAAUGAAUUAGAAUUGCCUGGUCAUGUAUGUUUGCCUGGCCGUACUGUUAUGGAGCAGUCUGCAAAUUUUUGCACCAAGAGUCCACACUCUUGUCCAAGCGACUCUUAUUGUUUCCAACCAGUAUUACCCAAUGAUACGUAUUUGUUUAAAAUUAUAACUAAUACAAAAAAUAUAAUUUAUCUAGGCAAUCCAAAUGAUUUAUUUCAAACCAUGGACAUUUCAUCUUAUGUAAAGAAAACCAAUUUAUUUUCUGUAAGUUUUCCUGAAAAAGUCACAAAACUAGUCAAAUAUAUUGUCGUUAUAUCUUUAGGUUUAGCAUUUGUAAAUAUUUUACCAUUUGCUUUUAUGGAUGGUGAAUAUAUUUUACAAACAUUAGCGCUAAUUAUAUUUACAAAUAUAGUUGAUAAGAAAAAAAUUGUACAAACUGUUAAUGUUAUUACGUGGAUAAGUACUAUUAUUUUGAUAGUAUAUCUUGUGUAUUCAUUGUUCUUGUUAUUAUAGAAAACUGCAAGAUUCUACUAGUUUAACAUAAAGUGUGUCACAUAGUUAAGUUCUCAAGCAACACCAGCCUAAUAAUGGAUUUACUGCUUUCAUAUUUUUGUAUUUUAUAUAAAUGCAUAUAGCAUCUUAAUAAAUACACAGUCAAAUUAUUAUUGAGUUUUCUUUAAUCUUAUUUACAUAAUAUCAAUCUAGUAAAUGACAGAAUUCAAAUUACCGCCUCAAUAACAUUUAAGGAAGAGGCAGAUACUCCUCAAAAAUUUGGAGAUUAAAAUUCACUUAAGAGUCACCCUGUAUAAAUAUGACUAGAAAAUCUUUUAUUUUAUUCUUCUCUAAAAAUAUUUGUUUAUCCAUCAUCCAGAUUCUCUAUUAGUGUUGUCCACUCCUAUACUUGUUUUCAAUUAAUUUAAUCCAUAAUUAGGUAGAAACUGUAUAAAUACAAACAAGUAUUAUUUUGCUUUUGCUAGGCCAACAUUAUUUUCCAAUUCUCUCAAACAUCGUUUUCCAUAUUGUAUAUACAUUUUAAUAACUGUUUCAUCUGUAUGAUUUGAAUUUGCCCUAAAGUCUGUUCUUGCCCACUGCUUCAAUUCUUCUUGGUAAUUUUUAUCAGGUACUUCUUUUAUAGUACGAAAUAUUUGGCGGUAUAGAUUCUUGACUUCCUGCUUAAGAAUAA